AGACAAUGUUGACUUGCCACCCUCAUUAUGAAACGUGAAGAAAGAGUACUGAGAUGAAAGAUUCAUUUGACAAUUGACAUUCUGGUUUUCUUUGCAUGCUUGAGAACACAGAAAUGGAAGAUUCAGAUCAAGGACUUGAGAUAGCAUUGAAAUGGAUAAAUGCCAUUGCAAAUGGAGAUUUUGGUCAGGAGAUAGAGACUUCAACCGCAAAGGGUAUCCGCGUAGUUCAAGCACACAAAGGCUUUCUCCUCUGCGACUUCACUAUACACAGUGGCUUGUCGGAUGAAAAUGGAAAUUGGCAUGUGGGUGCAAUAGCAACAUUGGUUGAUAUCAUUGGCAGCUGUGUUUCCCUCUCCAUUACCUCUUCAUUGCAGCAAGUCACUCUUGAUUUCAGUAUAUCUUACUAUACAACGGCAAGGCUUCAGGAAGAAGUUAAAGUGGAGGCAAAAGUUAUAGGAAAGAAGGAGGAAUUGACUUCUGUGAUUGUGGAAGUCAGGAAAAAGGAGAAUGGAGAAUUGGUUGCCCUAGGAAAGCUGUGGUUGGCAGUACCUAGAAAGCAUCCAAGACACCAAGAAAGUAAACUCUAACUUCUUUCAAGUUUUACAAGACCAUGAUUAUAUUCCAUGCUUCAUUUACAUACUUUUUAUGGUGACUUUGAUUUAUUUUCAAUAAACGUCAUUUAAAUUGAUAAGAGCAUUGGGCUCUUAAUCCAUUACGUGUACUAGUUGUCAUUUGUGAUGAUAAAUCAGUUCCUUAUCUACGACCCCCCUUGUAUCAGACAGCUUGUUCAGUUUUGCUUAUCAAAAAACUUAGGUUGCCAUGAA